CCGACAGCUACUUGCCUACCCAUGGAGUGCUCCUCCUUUCCGCGGCUACGAGAGGGUUUGACCGUCGGAGGCGGUGGUGGGGGGACGACUGCCCCUCGACAGACACACAAAACUCACCAUGUGUACAAAAGCUGUAUAUAAAAGGCACGCGGACAGCCAGCGGCGAGGGUGAAGCUACUUGGUGCGUAUCAGAGUUGGCUUUCGGAGCGGAUGGACCAGAGCGGCAGCGGGAGCAGGACAGCCCGACCACCGCCGAAGAUAGCAGCAGGCGUCAGCAGACCUAACUACCAUGCCGACAAGUGAUGGCUCGAGCCGCUUCCCGGUCUUUGCGGCUCCCCCUAAAGGCAACCACCAGCGUUCCCCAGGUUACGUGCCGGGGCGGGUGGCUCCAGUCCGCUCACCCCUGCCGGCGAAAGCGCCACCUCCGCCGCCGAUCAAACCACACGGUCUGCCGCCGCAGCGACAAGCCACUUUCAUCUUGUCGGAGGACAACCAACGGCGGGAGUGUGUUCAGAGCCCCAAGCUUAGAAAGAACACGCUCAUCUGCUUCGGGGUGUCCAUGGGAGCCUUCUUCUUAUGCCUCAUACUUGUUCUUAGUCUCACUAGUGGGGACAUUUUAGACGAGAAUUGUCCCGAUCACAACCCGUCCCUGAGUAACUGGAACCCAGGCCACCAGCCAGAAAAGACUAUUAUUGUCGGGAGAGGAAAUCUAUUUCGAUUGGAGUCUUCUGCGACGUUCCGCUCCCUCAAAAUCCAAUCGGGAGGGCGUAUAGUCUUUGCGGACAAAGCAGAUGGCUCUAAGAACAUAACCUUGAGAACACAUCACAUCCUGAUUGAAAAUGGUGGUGCACUACACAUCGGCGCACCCAAAUGUCGCUACCGUUCCCGUGCUGUUAUCACCCUGACUGGCCGCUCCGACAGCAAGGACGUCUCCGAAGUACCCAUUUUCGGACGCAAGUUCAUUGGCGUCAUGAGCGGCGGAAGCUUGGAGCUUCAUGGUACAGAAAGAAUAUCGUGGUCACUGUUAACAAAGAGCGUGCCUGCCUCUGGCCUGACCACAGGAGGCGAUAGCUUCCAGCGUAACUUCAGCAGAGGCAUCAACCUGCGCGUGGUGGAUCAGGACACGGCCGACGUCCUGCUCAGGGAACGUUACGACACCCACGAAUCCCGCAAUGACAGUCGGCGCCUCACCCGGCUGCUCAGGACCCUGCCGAUGGGUCGCAUCGUGGCACUCGCCGUCGGAGACUCUGCCGUCAAAAGUCUUCUGGAUGAAACCAAGAAAGCUAUCGAAGACACGCUUGGUAGCAGCUACGUCUCUGAUCUCAAGUACAGGCAGGCUUGGGCUUUGGUCUCAGUGGUGGGGGGAGGUAAUGCAUCAUGCUCGGAGGAUGUCCGGGAGCACGAGAAUCAUGACACUGGGGGCAGAGCGCUGGCAAGAAGGAACUUCACCACCGUCAAUGGCGUGCACUUCUCUGUCACGGCUUACAGCGAGUGGAAGAAUGGUUUCCCUAUUUCGGGCUUCCAGGUGGAUGCCGUUGAUCAAGUGAUGCUCAAUCUGCAGGAUGAGGUGCAGCAAACCUGGCAACCCGGCGAUCAAAUUGUUGUCGCCAGCACUGAUUAUUCCAUGCAUCAAGCAGAGGAGUUUACCCUAUUACCCUGCCCUCAUUGUACUAGUCAGCAGGUCCGAAUACAGGGGAAGCCUCUUUACAACCAUGUCGGCGAGAUUGUCGAUGGAGUGGACAUGCGUGCUGAGGUGGCUCUACUCUCGAGGAACAUUCUUAUCUACGGGGAAAUGGAAAACUCAUGCUACGGAAAUAACCUGUGUCAAUUCUACAGCCAUGACACCUACGGAGGGCACAUCAAGAUUUUUGGAAACUUCUCCUCUGUGCAUCUCUCUUACGUGGAGCUGAAAAACAUGGGCCAGCAAGGGGAGAAGAGUCACUACCCCAUCCACUUCCACAAGUGUGGCGACGUGGACCAGAAGGGAGGCUACUGGGAGCCCACCUAUGUGGAUGGACUCUCCAUACACCACUCGUUCUCUCGCUGUCUCACCGUCCAUGCCACUAACGGCUUGCUGAUAAAGAACACUGUGGGCUACGACACACUGGGUCACUGCUUCUUCCUGGAGGAUGGCAUCGAGCAACGGAACACUUUCUACCACAACCUGGGCCUGCUGACGCGACCCGGUACUCUGCUUCCCACUGACCGCAACGAUAGCCUCUGCCUCAGCAUUAAGGACAAAGUCUACAAAGGCUACACUCCUUCGCCCAGCACAGAGUGCAAGGCGGUUUCAACCUUCUGGAUCGCUAACCCCAACAACAAUCUUAUCAACAACGCUGCUGCUGGUUCUCAGGACGCUGGCAUAUGGUUUGUGUUCCACAGCUCCUCAACAGGAGACUCUCACGGCUUGGUACCAGAGACGAAAGCGGAACUUACCCCUCUGGGAAUUUUCUACAACAACCGCGUUCACUCCAACUUCAAGGCCGGGUUGUUCAUUGAUAAAGGAGUGAAGACCACUAAUGCAAGUGCUGCAGACCCCAGAGAAUACCUGUGUCUGGACAAUAAUGCCAGAUUCCGACCUCACCAAAAUGCUGAUCCAAACCAACCUCGAGUGGCAGCAGUUAUCGACACGCUACUCUCCUUCAAGAACAACGACAUGGGCGCAUGGAUACGAGGCGGUGACAUCGUUAUCCAGAAUUCAGGCUUUGCAGACAAUGGAGUGGGAUUAUCCUUUGCCAGUGACGGCAGUUACCCAAAAGAUGAGGGCUCCAGUCAGGAAGUGACACAGUCUCUGUUUGUGGGAGAAAGUCAAAACCGGGGUACCAAUGGAGGACAGAAUAAAUACUGGGGUUUAGGAGGUACCGACGGGAAGAUGAGGACUCUUCCAAGAAACAAGACAUUCCCUAUCCGAGGAUUCCAGAUCUACGACGGGCCGGUGCGGUUGACCCACAGCACCUUCCGCAAUUUUAUCCCCCUUCCAGAUCGUUACACCAGCGCGGUGGGCUUCAGCCUGAAGAACACCUGGCAGCUGACUCCGCGAAACAACAUGUCCCAUCUCCACUUCCACUCCACUGUGGAACUGCGGUCCUUCUUUGGUCGCCCGGGGCAGUGGUUUGACGGGAAUGACCUGGAUGGAGACAAGAACUCCAUUUUUCAUGAUGUGGACGGCUCAGUCACAGGCUAUGAGGACACUUAUGUGGGAAGGGCUGACAACUACCUCAUCCAACAUCCUCGCUGUGUGAACAAACCUGAAUGGAAUGGUGUGAUUUGUAGUGGCCGCUUCUCUCAGGUGUACAUCCAGACCCAAGGUGCUCCAAGCCUCACUCUGUCCAUCAACAGAGACGAGUACCCCAAUGCUCCUCUUGUUCUAAGGGGCAUCAACAGCCAGGGGGCGCCAUCGCAACAGUAUCAGCCAGUCUUGAUGAUGAGCAAGAGCUACACUCUGCAUUGGAGCGGAGCGGCACCCAGAGAAGUAGUCCUCUCCCUCAUCAAUUUUGACAAAGAUGACUGGGUGCUGUUUGGACUGUGCUACCCACCUGACACCACUUUCCAGAUCAUGGCUGACAUCAACGACAGGCAGAGCAACACUUUUGAUGACAUCACCGACUAUGGGCCUGUGUUCUCUCUCGCCGAGUUGGAGUCGAGACCUUUGGAUAGGAAGUACUACUUUGACCAAAAUGUUGGCUUGCUGUGGCUGUACCUGCGAGCCCGGCACAAUCGCGACGGUCACAGCUACUGCUCACUCAAAGGCUGCGAGAGAGUCAAAGUCACGGCCACUACGUCUUCCCAGCAGAAGUGCAACUGCACCAGUGAGGCCUACCCCAAAUACGCCAAACCCCCUUCGGCUGUCCUGCCCAUGCCGGCCCCACACACAGAAUCCUGCAAGGACUGUGGAGCCAAACAGCACAUUUUUACCAGUGAGCCGUGGACAUCUUACCUCAAGACGCAAGUCAAGUCUGUCAGUGUAAAGGAGCAACAAGGAAGAGACGGCGCCUCCUUUAUCGCUGUAAAUGAAGACAUGAUGCCUUUAACUCAGCCUGGCUAUCUAGUAGUGUCUGUAGACGCCUGCUCUGGCAAAGUUAUCAAGAAGGUCUCGUUUGGCAAGAUGGACGCCAAGAUGAAGCAGCACUUAACGAGCGGAAUACCAAAGAGGUCCAUUGUGCUGAUGGCAACGCGAGGUCAGCCUGAGGGGCUUCCUGAUGUGGCGCCGUAUCUCGUCUCUUUCGGUUUAGCCAAAGCAGCAGACUUACACAAUAAAGAAAGCGUGGCACUCUGGGCUUUCCAUGGCAGUGCCUCCCCACCUCCCUGGGUGUGUCUCAAGACAGGCCAAGGGGACCUCGUCCUGGGCCAUCAGGAGCGCUACUUACCGCUGGCGCUCCCAGCGUACGACUGUCCGCCACCUGCGUCUCAGCAGACACGCAGAGACCUGCAGCUGCUCAAGCGAGCCACAGGGCUCCAGUGAACUUGUGUGAAACCCACGCAACUGGAUAAUGAAUGUGAACUGCUGAACUUUAAUUUAUUAACAAUGGCAUAUAUGUUGUGUUUGGAAUGGCGUGUGUGUGAAAGUACGGGCAGAGGAGUCAAUGCACUUUUCUUUUAAAACAAACAAAUGGACCUUUUUGAAACAUGGCCAGUAAAAAAGAGAAUGCUAAUUACAGUAUUUCCAAUGAAUGGGGAAAAAAACAUGUUGCACUCAUUUAUAAGACUUAUUUUGGUGGGGAAUUUUAUUUUCUCCUGGGACCAAGGACAAACAUACAGUACAUUAUGGAAAAAAGGCUAAAUAGGCGUCUCUUGACAUAUUAAAGUGACAGACAAUACCUUUAUCGUGUGCAUCUUAGCACAGAGAAUCGUGUUUAAUAAAUUGAAGAAACACAGAAUUUUUUUUGGGUUGAGUAACAGUGGAUAAAAAUCUAAAUUAAAAGCCCGUAUUUCCAGAAAGUGGCCGCCUGAGAUGGUGGCAGACAUUUGAUCAAUGGUAGUACAGUAUUAGCCAAUCAAAUAUAACGAUUCCAGAUAGCCCACACCUCCUUGUGACGGAUUUAAUACCUAUUAUUACUUGGACCUGGGCUCAAAUCUAUCAGCAUCUAUGUCAUUGUUCAGACUGGCAGGCAAAAUCACAUUUUUAGCCCAUCCAUACUGAAGCUGAAUGGCUUUUUUGUAGUCUCAACAGUCCCAAAGCACAGAAAUCAGAUUUUUGCGAGACUGAUUGAAACCACUUAUGUCCAAUGCAUUUCAUAAACAAAGCCGACCGAAGUCGAGUGAAGAGCAACAACAAAGCUGUUUUCACAUGCAUAUUUAAACAGUUUCAUAUGAGAUUUGGACAAGAUGCCUCUAAAGCCUAGCAUUUUUUUUUUUUAAACUGAGGACCCUGCCCUAAUACGUUGGGAAAAAAUAAUUACGUCCAUACUAGCACGUGUGUAGAAAAAAAAGCUUCCACAACCAACCGCAUUCAUUCAUUUUUAAGUACAUUCAUAACAAUGCGCGAAAAAUAAUUGUUCUUAAAAGAAUACCCCUAUCCUUCGGAUGUGUUCUUCAAUAUGAAGCACUGCAAGUUUGUAAAUCGAUGGACGCAAAAAAGCACCUAGUUUACUUCAAAUGUAAACAUCGGUCUAAUGUGUGACGUAGGGACAAAGUUUGUCGCAGUCAGUGACGUUUCCACAGUUACAUGGGAUUUGUUUGCCCGUGACAUCACUCAAUGCUGGUUGACGCCUUUGUUGUCACAGCAACUUUUCAGGUGUCUCAAUAUUGUGGCCCAGGGUUAGCCUUAUAAUCAGAUUUGAGGAGGAAUCAGAUAUGCCUGCAGUCUGAACGCUUCCUAUGUACGUUGGUGUAACUAGCAUCACAAAUGGACUACGGCUGUAAGCACAGUUGUCAUUUUUUGAGUUUAAACAUUAUUUUCUCCAUCAUCAGAGGUCUUAGAAAUUUAAAUACUUAACUCAUUCACAGCCAUUGGCAGUGAUAAGACAUCAAAUCCAUACUGUUGCCAAAUCACCUUUGCAUGUUGGAGCCUUGUCACAGACCAUUUUCUUUAACUUCCUCUCCCAAUUUUCUGUUGGAUUGAGUCCUGGACCAUUUUCAGGUCAUGAUCGCUGCCAGCCCUUUAUGUCCAAAUGGAUUGGACGCCUAUGUCAGCGCAAGCCAAUGAGUUAAAUAUUAGUUUUUUUCACAUGGUCAUUGAUAAGGGGUAUUGUCUGUCCCUUUAAAAUUCAUUUCGAUAACUAUAGCCUUAAAAACACAACGUCUUUACCAAGCUCGCAAUCUCACUUCAAAUCACAACCAAAUCCAAUAGUCUAACAAAGUUUCUGAACAACUUCACCUAGGGAGCCCUUCUUUCUGUUGAAAUUAUGAAACAAGUGCGACUUAUAGUCCGUAAAAUAGGGUAACUCCUUUUACGGUGCAGUGCAUUAGUUACAACCUUAACUGAACGUCAAACUUAAAGCAGAUGCACAAAAUAAAUGAAAUACAAAUCAAUUCAAAUAUAAACGCGUCCAAGGCGUUUCAUAAACAAAGCAGACAGGGGUCGAGUGUAGAACAACAACAAAGCUGUUUUCACAUGCAUAUUUAAACAGUUUCAUUUGCUUUGCUUUUUUUUUUUUUAAAUUCUAGUUGUUGUUUUAACUGGAAAAUACUUCUUUGGAGGGGUUUAAAGUGCAGGCCACAUGAGCGAUGAAUGUACACAAUACAUUAAAAGCCUUAUUAAAUAUAAAGAGAGUGGAAUGUGAAGACAUUCUGAGGGCGGUUUGGGAAAUUUGAUUGGAAUGUUGAUCUUGAAGUUUUUUUUGGAUGUGAGCAGGGCUCCCCCACUCAGCGUUGUGGAUGUGAAUAUGUGUGGCCUUGUAACCACUCGACGGUUGGAACUCAUUCAGUGCCAUUGACUGUGCCGGACGUCCAAUUCAUUUGAACCGUGAGGGCUGAUAGCGAUAAUCUGAUUGGUUUAAAUGAAUUGGAUGUCCAUCAACAUCAGUGGCACUGAAACAUGAUCAUUCACUUCUGGGAGAACUGGUUGUGUGUACUGUUGUGUGAUUUUUGUUUUCAAUUGCAUAUCUGGCAUUUCUUAUGGUUAUUAAAAAUAUAUGAUUUGUCGUAAAGACCUGUUGUUGUAGUCUCUAAUAGUCUGAAAGAAUUAUCCGCCUUAGGUGUUGUAUUUCAUGGUGUGACUAUAUUUCGAAUUUUCAAGUAAA